UGCGCGGCUGGAAUUGCUUGUGGUCAAAGAGGAUGGAGGCAGGCGCGGUGCGGGUUGGAAAGAAGAUAACGCACCCCCACUCUUGCUUCUGCAUUCACUGAUCUGAUCCUGGCAAUCUAUUCGCUCAAAAGAAGGCGAAAAUGGCGGAUAAUGACAGUUCAACACCUGUGAAGCCCUUUGUCGGUGAGAUCAAAAGCGGGCUGAAGCCAUCGAUGAAGAUGACCAUAAUGGGGAUAGUUCAUUCAAAGCCCAACAGCUUUGUAAUAAGUCUCAUCAGCAACCCCUUGGAAACAGAGACAGACGUUGGCCUCGAAGUGACAGUCAGCUUUCGGGAUCGCACAGUUGUACGAAAUGCCAAAGUUUCAGGCAAAUGGGGAAAAGAAGAGAAAAAUAUACCUUAUUUCCCUUUCGCACCUAUGCAGCACUUCAAGAUGGAAAUCCUGUGUGAGCACCAGCAGUUCCGGGUUCAAGUCGAUGGACAACAACUAUUUGAUUUCACAUACCGCUUCCAGCAAAUACAAAAACUAACUGCAUUAAAAAUUAUAGGUGACCUUCGACUGACGAAAGUAGUUUAAUUUUUGUAAUGUGCUCUUUGAAAACAAAGAUAUAAUUUCAGGAGGUGAUUUUUCCCCCGUAAGAAUUAUUUUAAAAAUCUUUCUGCAGUCUAAUUGUUGCUCCAAUCUUCCAAUAAUUUCCCUUCUGAGCAGAGGGAAAAAAUGUACCUUUUGGAAAAGUGUUCAGAAUUUGUGUUGAGUUUUGUGGACUUGGGUUUUGAAAUAUAGGAUUUGACUUUAAAGGCAAGCCAGCAAAUUGGAUUGUUCAGAACCUUCUUUGCUUAAUUAAAUAUUUCUUUAUGUUCCAAAGUCUGUCUGCUUCUCCU